AGGGCCUUCCGAGCGAAGGAAGCCUUCAGAACCUUGCUGGGCACAAAGUGUCUGAAGAGCAAUUUUCCAUCCAAAUUUGAUGAUCCUAUAAUGGUUCCUCUUCAAGAAUUUGCAUGGGAUCAAUAUCUACAGAAGAAGAAAAGGGAACUUAAGAAUGAAGUCUGGGAAUAUUCUUCCAAUGUCAUGUGUUUUAUUAAUGAUCUGCUGCUGGGUGAUGCACUUGAACUUCAGAAAUGGGCCCACAAGGUGUGGGAUAUGAUAGACUUUAAGCCUCCUGCACUUUAUGAGGCACUUACUAUGGAUUUUUCUACUAAAUUCUUAAGCGACACCAAGCAUAAUUUUGUGUUCUUGGAUAUUUCUAUUGGUCUUCAUCCAAUUGGAAGAUUGGUUUUUGAGCUAUACUGUGAGACAUGUCCCAAAACAUGUAAAAAUUUUCAGGUCUUGUGCACAGGAAAAGCAGGGUUUUCUCAAAGUGGCAUCAAGCUACAUUAUGUCGGUUCGAUUUUUCAUCGAAUAGUAAAGAAUGCUUGGGUACAAGGAGGAGAUAUAGUGGCUGGAAAAGGAGAUGGUGGAGAGUCAAUUUAUGGACCAACAUUUGAAGAUGAAAGCUUUUCAGUUCCUCAUAAUAAAAGGGGAGUUCUUGGAAUGGUCAACAAAGGCCGUCACAGCAAUGGUUCACAGUUCUACAUCACGCUACAAUCAGCUCCCUAUCUAGAUAAAAAAUAUGUGGCUUUUGGGCAAUUGAUUGAAGGAACAGACAUUCUUCAACAACUAGAAUUGGUUCCAACAGAGAAUGAAAGACCAAUACAACAAUGUACAAUUAUCGACAGUGGAAAUGUUUAUGCUUGAUUUUCAAAUCAAUAUUUUCUGAGUUUAUUAUGUAUCUGAUCAGCUGUUUCUAGAUUUAAUUAAACCAUGCUUGAUAAAAUGUAAUUUGAAA